GAGAACUCCUUCCGCAAAUACGAUGUCGUCUCUCUGUCGCCUUCUCCAGCGCAACUUCUCUACCUCCGCCGCCGCCGCCGCCGCCGCCGCACCCACCAGCAUCCGGUCGUUGUCGAAGAAGCUUUACAGGGAGAGGGACUACAAACUCCUCGUCCAGAAGUUCAAGAAAGCCUCCGAAGUCGACCGUUUCCGGAACAAAGAUGGCGUUUACGAACUCAUUGUUCGUCGCCUUGCCUCCGCCAAGCAGUUCGAUUUGGUCCAAGAGAUCCUGGAAGAUCAAAAGAAGUACAAAAACAUUUCCAGAGAAGGCUUCUCGGCUCGGCUGAUAAGACUGUAUGGUAUAUCGGGCAUGUCCGAAAAUGCGCACGAGCUGUUCGAUGGAUUGCCCGAGAGAAAUUGUACCCGAACGGUGCUAUCUUUCAACGCCCUCUUGUCUGCUUAUUUACAUUCUAAAAAAUUUGACAUGAUAGAUCGCCUUUUCAAGGAGCUGCCCCCAAAGCUGUCCUUUGAACCGGAUAUGGUGUCUUAUAAUACUGUUAUUAAGGCAUUUUGUGAAAUGGGUUCUUUUGAUACCGCCCUUGCUAUGCUCGACGAGAUGAAGAAGAAGGGCUUAAACCCGGAUUUGAUAACUUUCAAUACGUUGCUGGAUGAGUUAUAUGUGAAUGGUCGUUUUUCAGAUGGUGACAAAAUAUGGAGCGAAAUGCUGAAAAACAACGUUGUUCCUGAUAUCAGGAGCUACAAUGCUAAGUUAGAGGGAUUGGUUGGGCAGAAGAACAUGAACGGAGCCCUUGAAUUGAUUGAGAAGAUGAGAAAUGAGGGUGUCAAACCUGAUGUCUAUAGCGUUAAUGCUUUGAUUAAAGGUUUUGUCGCUGAGAAAAAUUUGGAUGAAGCUCAGAAGUGGUACCGUGAAAUAGCAAACACCGAUUACAAACCGAAUAACACAACGUUUAAACUGCUGAUUCCCUUUCUAUGUGAGAAUGGUGGUCUGGAUUCUGCAUACAAGGUAUGCAAGGAUAUUUUCAAGAGUGGGAACUAUGUUGAAGCAUCAAUUCCUCAGCUUGUGGUGGAUAAACUGGCGGAAAAGAAAAGGAUUUUAGAAGCAAAGAAGAUAGUGAAACUCGGGAAUCGUUUUAAACUAAGUUUGCCGGAAGAGAAGUAGGCUAGUGCAUUUUCUCUCGUGUUCUGUUCUAUUAUUCUUGUUAUUCUGAUCCUUAAUUUUGUUGGUUCAUUCUGAGCUCGUAAUUGAAAGCUUGAAUUUGGUUCAUCUUUCCCUCGUGCGUGACUCUCUCUCUCUCUCUCUCUCAGAGUAACUAGUCAUUUACAUAUAUAUGAGUUCUUUGAUCUCCU